CCCGUGGUAAGUCCCGCUAACCUGAGACGUAACUGAGGACGUAACCAUAGUGCGUGUUGGGCGGCGUCGUGGGCGUGAACGAGGGGCAUCGACUGAGACUGUGUGGGUCAAGUGAUGACUGGCGGCCCCUCUGUGCUGGAAAUGUCUAGACGCUGCCUCAACGAGCGGGGUCACUGGAGGCUGCUGGCGGUGUGGCUAUUGGCGCUGACGGUGGCUCUGGGGAUGCAGGCGGCGGGGCUCUCGCAGGCAACAGAGACAGCCUGCGGCCUAGUCACCUGCGCCGCGCCGGAGCUUCCCUCGCGGCCCGAGGUGGAGGUGCUGGUGGAGGGGCCGCUGAACGAGAGGGACGAGCGGCUGAUCGAGUGGGUGAGGGCGGGGGCCGGGGGUCACCUGCUGCCGCCCUCCGCCGCGCCCUACGACAUCCCGGACAACAAUAUCGGCAACUGGAAAGGAUCUGACGGCUGGAUAUUCUACGUCAGCCAAGUGGAAAAGUACUUCGGGAAAAAGGAGGGCGGGUUCUUCGUGGAGGCGGGGGGGCUGGACGGGUACAUGCUGUCCACCACGCUACGCCUCGAGCAGCAGCAGCGGUGGGAGGGCCUCUUGGUGGAGCCCCGGCCAGACAUGUUCGAGCAGCUGCUCACGAGGCACCGGAAGGCUCACGCGGGUAGAUUCUGCCUCUCGGAGAAGUCCUAUCCACACAAGACAAGCUUCUGGAUGAGCCCCGACUACUCCAGGGGCGACGUGGUGUACAGCGCGCUUGGCAGUCAGCUCUUCGAGAAAGUCAAGCCAGAGCAGAGGGAGCGCGGCAGCGUGGUGAGCGCCCUGUGCCUCCCGCUGGCCACGCUGCUGCGGAGCCUCGGCAGGACCCACGUGGACCUCUGGGUGCUGGACGUGGAGGGCGUCGAGUGGGGCGUCCUGGACCUCUUCCCCUUCCACGAGAUCACCGUUGACAUGCUGGCGGUGGAGCGCAAGAAGAAGGGGGCGGAGGAUCGGCGGGGGUUCAUCAGCAUGGUACAGUCUAAGGGCUUCACGCUGGCGGCGAGCAUCGUGGAGGACUUUGUUUUCAUUAGGAACAACUCAGAACUCGCGCGCCUGGCCAAGGAGCGCUAGAAUAUGCAGCUGGAGUUUGCGGUCCACAGCUAAAGAGGAAAGAGAACAGAUUGACAAGAUGCAGAGGGCAGCUACAAGGCGUUUAAGCUAUACAGAAAGGCUAGAAAAUAAACUGGAUUUGCCAACACAGGAAGCAAGGAAAAUAAGAGGUGUCAUGAGUGUUAUACGAAUGUGUGAGUGGGAAAUAUAACAUCAGGUCCGCUAAGUCAACUUCAGCGCUUAAACAGACAUAUAGAAAGUCGCGAGUGUCAAAAGUAUGUGAAAAAAAAGUGUUAAGGAUGUAAGAUUGUUAAAAGAUAAUGUGUGAGUGGCAGAAAAGAACAAUAACGGGUCCCCUAAAUCAAGUGCAGUGCCUAACCAGACGUAUAAAAAGCCGAGAGAGACAGAGGUAUAUGCAAACAAAAAGGUGUUGUGGAUGUAUCGCAUAAAGUGACUAUAUACUAUUUUUUCAAUCCUAAAAAUAAAGUCAGGUUAAACUACAUAUAGACGUUUACUUAUUCACCGCCAUUAAAAGAGUAGAAAGA